CCUCCCUUCCCCUGUCUUCCCCCCCUCCCACGCGCCGCUGUGCUGGACGUCAUGAGCAUAGUAAUUGCGCUGGGAGUCACCACACCUGAAACGUCUUACUCAGAUAUGGCUGCUGGAUCCGACCCUGAGUCAGUUGAAGCAAGUCCUGCCGUGAAUGAGAAAAACUACAACAACCACAGCUGUGGGAGCGCACAGAGUCAUGGGUAUCGGGGACUACCAUAUGCUAUGCAACAGUCUUCCGUUGUGUGUUGUCAGGAUCACAACUAUGGCGCACCCCCACCCCCCACCCCACCCGCCUCCCCGCUUUCCCAAACCAUCAUCCCCCGCAUGGAUCUCAACGGCGUCGUCCUCGGCUCCCGCUAUCAUGAAACUACAGAGGACAACUCCGCGGACAGCGACAGCUCCUCAGAGGAGGAAGGGGCCGUGGCCGGCUGGUGUCACUGCAGCCUGACGCCGGAUGGCCUGCUCAUCAAGUGUGACAACUGCAGAGGACUUGACAGGAGGAAAGAAGCAGAGGGCCAACACAGAAAGACUGAAAAUAUCUCGGCUGGAGAAAGUAGUGCCACAGAGAGUGGUGAUGAAGAGGUGUCGCCGUCCACCGUCUCCUACACCGCCACCCAGCACACACCCACCAGCAUCAAACUCAUUGUCAACCGGGUCAAAAGGAGCAAGUCCAAAAAGAGGAAGAAGAGCACAGAAAAGGCUCGUGGGACACCAAAAGGCAAAAAGGUCAAGGCUUUUAGAGAGGGUUCCCGGAAGUCCAUGAGGAUGAAGAACUCUACAACAGAGGCCAGCGUACUGGAUGAGAACACAGCAGAGGGCUGGGAGAGCAGGAUCCGCCAGUGGACAGACCAAUAUGAGGAGGCUCUGGCAAACCAGUACAGCGCUGAUGUCCAGGAACUGAUGCAGCUUCAUCUCUCUGCCAGCACCCCCACCCCAAAAGAGGGGGGUGAGAGUGGUACCACAACGCCUUCCUCCACCACACAGAUCCACACCUCUGUUGAUGCCAUGGACACCAUCAACCACACUGAGCUGGCCUGUAACAACACAGUGCUGGGCUCACAGAUGCAGCUCCAGUUAGGGCGGGUAACAAGGGUGCAGAAACACAGGAAGAUCCUCCGAGCAGCCAAGAACCUGGAACCAGACACACUCAUAAUUGAAUAUCGGGGAAAGGUUAUGCUCAAACAACAGUUUGAGGUCAACGGGCACUUCUUUAAAAAACCCUACCCCUUUGUGCUGUUUUACUCCAAAUUUAACGAUGUCGAGAUGUGCGUAGAUGCACGGACCUUUGGAAAUGACGCCCGCUUCAUCAGAAGGUCCUGUACCCCCAACGCUGAGGUCCGACAUAUGAUUGCUGAGGGUAUAUGCCAUCUCUGCAUCCAUUCUGUCAGUCACAUCACAAAGGACACUGAGGUCACCAUUGGAUUUGACUAUGAGUUCAAUAGCUGUAAUUACAAAGUGGAUUGUGCCUGCCAUAAGGGUAACCAGAAUUGCCCGGUGCAGAAGCACAACCUUAGCCCCAAGGAGAACUUUCUGAGUCCCCCUUCUCUGCUGCCUCCCUCUCCUCUGAUUGGUGCCGAGACCCGUCGAAGAAAAGCUCGCAGGAGGGAAAUCGAGGGCUGUUUGACCAGCGAUAGCAACCAGACCCUAGAUGAGCACCAGGAGGCCAAAGAGCAGCCGGGGACAAGUGAUGCAGAGGAGAGUCUAAUGGAUGAGAUGAAAGUGGAUGACGGAGAGGAUGGAGAGGUAGAUGAAAAUGGGCUCCCCAUCUCCAGUAAAAAAACAUUAAACAGUCUGGUGAGUAGGAGGAGGAGAGUGGGAGGAACAGAGAUAAAGGAGGAGGGUGUAGAAACUGAGGACGGGGUAGGAAACCCCACAGGGAACACCCCAAUACCUCACAGCACUGGAGUAGGCGUCAGCACGCGACGUACCACCUAUGUGAUGGAAGCUCCAUCUAUUGAAGAGAAGACCUCAUUACCCUAUCCCACUACCCCAGUUGCCCCUCCUAAACCUGCUCGACCUACAAAGCCUCGGUCCAAGAGUCGGAUCUCUCGCUAUCGGUCCAGCUCAUCACAGCGGGCCCGGCGGCAGCGUCAAGCUCUCGCCCAGCAGGCAGCGGCAGCUGCCGCAGCUGCAGCGUUAGCGGCCAUGCCGUCAUCAGCUGAGCAAGGGGCUGCUCUGGAUGAGGAGGGAUCUCAGGGUCCAUAUGGUGGCGAACAUAGCCACGGAGAGAGCGGUCUAGGGGGUCAUCUACUUGAUGGAGACAGUCAGGGUCUAAACUGCAUAAAUAGAGGAAACUUGCGCGACCCUAAAACCAAGAAGUACCUUGUGACAGAGUGGCUGAAUGACAAGAUACCUGGAGGGGAGAAGGUCCAGCAAGAGGUGCUUCUUGAGCGCCCCCUGCGGAUAACCACUGACCCCACGGUGCUGGCCACCACCCUCAAUAUGCUGCCAGGUCUCUCCCACUCAUCGCUCAUUUGCACCGCACCCAGACACUACGUCCGCUUCGGCUCCCCCUUUAACCCGGAGAGACGCAGGCCCCGCCCACUCCAAAUGGAUGGCACUUAUGGCUGCUACAAAAAGAGAUGGAUAAAGCAGGUGGAGGAUGAAAGCUGUUCAGCCAGUAUAGAAGAUGGCACAGAGUCCACCUCCUCUCAGCAAAGUACCAGUAGCAGAUCCACCCCCAACCCCCUGUCCACUGAACUCAAUCCCCCAAUUAAGAAGCGUCUCUCCAAGUUUACGACAGAGACGACACCAGCACCCUCAGACAACCUGCUUCGCCCACUAUCACCCAUCACGCCGCCACUCCCAGAGGACUCCCUCCACCCGCUGCUCCACACCCCCUGUGGCUCCCUGCUGCCCAAUGGCCUGAUCUAUUCACCCAUGCCCUCGCUACCCGCAAGCCGCUGCAACACACCACUGCAAUUUGAAAACAUAUCGUCCCCUGAGGCGUCUCCUGUUCACCGGCCAGAGUCCAUCUCACCGGAGCCGUGUCUUCAGACAGACUUUGAAGUCCCUCGGCCUCAGUUCCCGGACCUGUCCCUACCCUCCAGUUUGGAGAGCCCUGUGGCUAUGACCUCAGAUGACCUUUCUCUUCCUGGAUGCGCCUCAGGCCAAGAUUCCCAGGGUCCAUCAUGUGUUGGGACCAGCUCCCUUAACCCAGUGUCCUGUGCUCCCUCAGACCUAAACCCCCAAAACAGGGAGCAGGCUUUCAGGACAGAGUUCAACCUCAUAUACACCUGCUCGCCCCUCAACGCAAACCUGGGAAACCCCGUGGCCCCCGAUUGCCGCCAGUCCCUGUCCGAGGGAGGCUUUUCCCCUGCUGAGUCCUUCCACAGUUCUAUAAGUGGCCAGGGGCUGAUGGGAGAUAUGGGCCCCGGCUCUAUGUCACCCUACGGUGAGCCUCAUUAUGGAGGAGGCUACCCAGAAAGUGGCACACCUCCUCAUACCAGCAACCCACCACAAAAGAGGAAGGUGUCUUUGCUGGAGUACCGCAAGAGGAAGCAGAGCAGCGGCCGAGACCCAGAGCCCUUUGGCAGCAGCUCCUCCCUGGGUGGCACCCCCACCCGGCCUGGCUCCCACUACAGCCAAGAUUCCCAUCAUGCCCAUUCCCAUCAGCAGAUGCAGCCUCCAGCCUCCCCACACAGCUCCUUCUCUUCCUCAACACUCAUGAACCCUAUCCCACAGAUAGAGGAGGUCAGUCCUCCAGACCACCAGGGCCCGUCUGCGGAGCCCAGGCGCCAGGACAACAACCAGUGGAUGGUUCCCACUACUGUUGAACGUCUAAGGGAAGGCCAGGGCGCACUCGAGCGUGUGCUUAGAAGCAUCAAAAUGGAACGGAUCUACAAGAGGAGUGACGGAUCGACAGAGAAGGAGUUUGAUGGGGAUCGAUAUGAGAUGCAGGCAGCGUCCAUGGCUUCUCCCAUGAAGAGUCCCCACAGAUACAGUCCCUCCGUGUACUCGCACCAGUCAUCAGAAAGCCACCGGCAGACUGACAGCCCGUCACUCCGCCAGCAGACCUCCACCUCUCCAUUCCCGGGAUCCUUCAGUCCCUCAUCAGGCCAGAGCUUCUACGCACGCCAUCCCUCCCACCCUGGACUUUCCCAGGACCACCCUCCAUCAACCUACCCCAGUCACUCCCCCACCGCCACCUCAUCCUCAGACUCGCGGCCGCCCACAGGGUCUCUACACCAGCAGAGUAGCAGCAGUAACGCGGACAGAGCCCAUGGCUACGGCAGCAGCCACUUAAAAGCAAGUCUUUUGAACAACAGUGGGCUUGCAGGGGCCCCCGCCCCGGGACCCAGGGCCCAUGGGCAGACUAAAAUAGACUUGGGCACCCUGGCCUCCAGAGGGAGUCAGCAGCAGGCGUCUCGCAGCCUGAAAUCGGGCAGCCCGAGCCAGGCAACGCUGCAGGCCAGCUCAAGGCUGCUGUCGGCCUCUGGAUCGACACACUACCCACAGAGAGGGACGAGCCUCAGCCAGUUCCAGCACUCCCCCCUCCAGGGACCCGGAGUAAGGACACAGUCAGGAAGCUUUUAGGACCUUGUUCAAGUGUGUUUGUGUGUGUGAGCGCGUGAGUGUGUAUGAAGCUGUGUACCCCCUCAGCCCCUGAAGCUGUGGUGAAAUGGGGCUCAGGGAGUGUGAGGAGGGUAAAUGUACAGACCUAAGAGGAGCAAGGACUUCUUUAAGGAUUUCUCCUUUUCUUUUUUCUGUCUUUUCUUUCUUUAUUUUCAGAAAAAAACAAAUGACCACAUUCUGCACAAAGCUAAUCAUUGACUUUGGACAUCAUUAUGGAAUCAGUGGAAAGAGCAAUUUAGAUAGAACACACAGAAAAAACAACAAGAAAUCACAUGUAACUUGAAAUUGUCCCUAGUGUUCGCUGAUGUGCCGGACUGUGCAAACAGGCUCUCUAAUGUCAAAAGCCAAAACAUCCUCACAAAUGUCUGUACAAAGUUAUAAAAAGUGUACCUGUUGUCAUGGCACCGAGGUUGGAUAAAUGCCGAGAUGCAUAUAAAUGAGUCUGUGCUGCGGUAAAAGUGAUUGAUUAGGAAAAGGGGGAAAUAUUACAAGCAGAGGCAAAUUGUUAAUCAUCCGUUCUCGAGAUAUAUUCGAGGCAUGGGGAGGAGGAGGAGGGGCGUUUCCUUUAAUAGGGUCAUUCCAUAUGAUUACCAGCUUCCAUGUUCUCUCACUAAACAUGACGCAGCUCUUUUUUCCUCACGGUUCUGUCCGUUCCACUCUUCUGUUGUUGUUUUUUUGUUAUCUUCUGUUCUCUCACCCCCACUGGACUGUUUUGAUUUCAUUUUAGGACGACUCCACUGUAGACUUCUGAUAUUGUACUUGAGACAUACAGGUCUUACGAUUCAUGGUGCUGCAUUGUUUUUUUUUGUUUUUUUUCAAUAAAUUUGAAAUCCAGUUAUGUUCCCGACAUUUGGCUGCAUUCAUCUUGUCAUAUCAGUUAGGAUCCGUUCAAUUUUUCUCCUAAUUCAUACUGAUCAUAUGUUGUAGUGAUGGAAUGCAGGAACAAAAUAAGGGGUAGAUAAUCCAACUUUAUUUCUCUGUUAAAAUGUUAGUUUUUUAUCCUACAGGAGUUUUCAAAAAUAAAUAUAUAUAUAUGUAUUUUUUUUCUGACCAAUCCAUUGCAUUCCGUGUGACACAGGGAAACUGGGCAAAGGAAUAUUUGAGGGAGUGUUUGGAUUGUUUAUAAAACCUAGGUUUGAAAAAAAGCUGCUGUGUUCUCCCGUGAGAGCUGCUUCCCUUUCCACAGAAUGCUGUAUUUUUAUUUCUCACAGACUGACUUUAAUUAAAGCGAUGGUACUCCUGGUCACUGCAGGGGAACCUCAGAGCGACGGCAGGCUGACAGCAGGAGUCGCUCUUUCCUCCCAGACUUUGUUUUUUGGUGCAGAUGUGGAAAACUGCUGCGUUUGUGUGGAAGACUACAAAGGACCGAGGGUCCAGUCAUGUGACUGGACCCCACCUGCCCAACAGCAGCCCCCUCCACCAUCACACAGAAGGGUACUCGUGUUACAUGAAUGUUUGACAGAUUAAAAAAAAGUUGUGACCCAAAAUUAACCAGCACCUUAAAAUGAAAGCGAUCCACCCUAAGACAAAAUAGGACAAUAUGUAUGAUUGUGUUUACUUGUAUAGAAAGAAAUGUGAUAUAGACUUGUCUGGAGAAAAUGUAGUACACUGAAUUUAUCGCAUGAUAUUUGUUUUUAGGGUCCGAGUGACCAACUUUUGUCAGAUGAUUGGAAGCUAAUCAUUGGGUCUUCUCCUGGGUUCCUCCAAAAACCAGACACUGCAUACUCUUUGUUUUUUGUAAUGGUCAUUCUGUUGGUUUUGUUUUAUUUUUUUCACAGAUCAUAGUAACUAUUUCAUUGUCCCCUCCAAAAGAUUUAAAAAGCAAGCGAUGUAAUGCCUUUUUGAUAAUAAAAUAAUCAUGAUGGUAAUGUA